GAUGAUAAAGAUUAUGCUUUGAAACAAAUAGAAGGAACUGGGAUCUCUAUGUCGGCAUGUAGAGAAAUAGCAUUACUUCGAGAGCUUAAGCAUCCAAAUGUCAUCUCUCUUCAAAAAGUGUUUCUUUCUCAUGCUGACCGGAAAGUGUGGCUUCUAUUUGACUAUGCUGAACAUGACCUCUGGCAUAUAAUCAAGUUUCACAGAGCCUCUAAAGCAAACAAGAAGCCAGUUCAGUUGCCUCGGGGAAUGGUGAAGUCACUAUUGUAUCAGAUCCUAGAUGGAAUUCACUACCUGCAUGCUAACUGGGUGUUGCACAGGGAUUUGAAACCUGCUAAUAUUUUAGUUAUGGGUGAAGGUCCUGAGCGAGGAAGAGUAAAAAUUGCUGAUAUGGGCUUUGCUCGAUUAUUUAAUUCACCUUUGAAGCCUUUAGCAGACUUGGAUCCAGUGGUUGUAACAUUCUGGUACCGAGCCCCAGAACUGCUUCUUGGAGCAAGACAUUAUACCAAAGCAAUUGAUAUUUGGGCUAUAGGGUGUAUAUUUGCAGAACUACUAACGUCAGAACCAAUAUUUCACUGUCGACAAGAGGACAUCAAAACUAGUAAUCCUUAUCACCAUGACCAGCUGGACAGAAUAUUCAAUGUAAUGGGAUUUCCUGCAGAUAAAGAUUGGGAAGAUAUAAAAAAGAUGCCUGAACAUUCAACAUUAAUGAAAGAUUUCAGAAGAAAUACGUAUACCAACUGCAGCCUUAUCAAGUAUAUGGAAAAACAUAAAGUUAAACCAGAUAGUAAAGCAUUCCACUUGCUUCAGAAAUUGCUUACUAUGGACCCAAUAAAGCGAAUUACCUCAGAACAGGCUAUGCAGGAUCCCUACUUCUUAGAAGACCCACUUCCUACAUCAGACGUUUUUGCCGGUUGUCAAAUCCCUUACCCAAAAAGAGAAUUUUUAACAGAGGAAGAACCAGAUGACAAAGGAGACAAAAACCAGCAGCAGCAGCAGGGCAAUAACCACACUAAUGGAACGGGCCACCCAGGGAACCAAGACAGCAGCCACACACAGGGACCCCCAUUGAAAAAAGUGAGAGUUGUUCCUCCUACCACUACCUCAGGUGGACUAAUCAUGACCUCAGACUAUCAGCGUUCCAAUCCACAUGCUGCCUAUCCUAACCCUGGACCAAGCACAUCACAGCCCCAGAGCAGCAUGGGAUAUUCAGCUACCUCCCAGCAGCCUCCACAGUACUCACAUCAGACACAUCGGUACUGAGCUGCCUCAGAACCUUGUCAAUGCACUGUUGCUAAUGCUGCAGGGCUGACUGUGCAGCUCUCCGAGGGAACCUGGUAUGGGCCAUGAGAAUGUACUGUACAACCACAUCUUCAAAAUGUCCAGUAGCCAAGUUCCACCACUUUUCACAGAUUGGGAUAGUGGCUUCCAAGUUGUACCUAUUUUGGAGUUAGACUUGAAAAGAAAGUGCUAGCACAGUUUGUGUUGUGGAUUUGCUACUUCCAUAGUUUACUUGACAUGGUUCAGACUGACCAAUGCAUUUUUUCAGUGACAGUCUGUAGCAGUUGAAGCUGUGAAAUGUGCUAGGGGCAAGCAUUUGUUGUUGUAUGUGGUGACUUCUUUCAGUGUAACAACAUUAUCUGACCAAUAAUACACAGACACAAAGUUUAACUGGUACUUGAAACAUACAGUUUAUGUUAACUCAACAAAAUAACGAAGACUCAAAAUGAGAUUAUUUUGGUACACCUUUCUUUUUAGUGUCUUAUCAAUGGGUUGAUUCAUUUUCUACUUUUAAUCAGUGUUUAUUGACAAGAAUUUUGCUUGGAUUUUUUUUUUUUUUUAGUACAAAAAGCCACAUAGGUUUUCCAGAAAGGUUUCAAUACUCCCAAAGAUUAAUUUCCAACUUUUAAGUUUGUUUUAUAUUUUCAAUCUAUGACUUGACUGGUAUUAAAGCUGCUAUUUGAUAGUAAUUAAAAAUGUUGUCAUUGAUAUAAACCUGUUUGGUUCAGCAAACAAACUAAAAUGAUUGUCAUAGACAGUGUUUUAUUUUUUCCUGUUGGUGUUGCUGAUUUGUGAGCAUGCUUUAAAAUGAGAAAAGCAUGAAUGGUGACUUCCUUCAAAAAGGUGCGGCAUCCAGUUCAGAUACUUUGUCCUGAUUUUAAAGCUGGUUGGUGUAGUGCUAUUAAAAUUUUGUUCAGUUAAUUUUCUUUUUAAAAACUUGUUCGCACGUUGUUUAGGAUGCCCUUACUUCAGCAAAGGAGGAGGAAUGGGAGAGCCUUAGAAUUUUUGAGGAAAAAAAAAACCUAUAACAUACAAUGUACUGUAUCAAACUAUUUUACAUGAAUGACACAAGUAUUCUGAAUAAAAAAAUAAUUGAACAUUGUUAAAAACAAGGUGUUAUGUAAUAAAUUUAUUUUUCAUAAA